CAAUAUAUAAAGUUUGCGGAGCACUUUAUUAAAAACUUUCUCUGACAUUUGCAUUUUUUAUCAACUUCGAGAAAAUAAAGUGACUUAAUAUAGUGAAAAUAUUGGCGUUUGUAAUACGUGAUGUUUAAACAGGAUUUAUAAUUCAUCUGGAUAUAUAGUUCGCAAUUGUUUUUCUUGUCUUGAAUAAAUGUUUUAAUUUUUCAGCAAUUGUCAAUAUCAGUUGCUGUUUUGUUUUUCUUUCAAGUCAAUCGGAUAUACAUUGUUAAUGAAAAACAUGCGACUAAUAAAUAAACACUUGGGAAAAAUGCAUAAAAAACGACUGGCACAAUGUGAAAUGUAAAUUGUAAUUUAGAAUAAAUUAUCAAAAAAUACGAUUACAGCAAAAUUUAUAAUAGUAAUAAGUUGUUGGACCAUCACAAUUAUAAUCAUAACCACAGUUACCACAAGUAAUGUGAAAGUAAUUCAUAAAAGGUUGUCAGAACUUUACAAUUACAAUGACAGUGUACGAAGCACGUGCUGUUUCAUACCCUGGAAUUCCAGCUUGUGAAAUAGAUUUACAACCCUUGCAGCGUGAACGCUCGGACUCAUUGCCGGAACCACGUCACUUCCGGCGCCUCCGUCGGGAACUUGAUCUCGAUUCAGACCUAGACAAACAAUCUCGAGACGAAAAUGCUUUUCUGAGAUCGGAAGAAGCAAAGCAAUGGAAAUCAAAACGCGUUACACACAAACAAUUAGAGAGGACUCAGAAAGGCCUCGAGGAGGGAGGUGUUGUUAUAUCAACAGAGCCCAUGGGCUCCCCUACACCUGUAAGGGACAUUGCAAGUUCGCCCACAGCUUUGACCCAUAUUCCGUGGACAAACUGGACACGAUGGAAUUAUAAGCACACUCUCGAGAUAACUGGUGAGAAUCUAGAAGACCUGCUGGCUUACGAUGAUCUCUUCCUAGACUACUUCAACGCCUUUCUUGCUCUUCCAGUAUUUCCUCAAGUAUUGCGUUACAACCGUCUUACGGGUGCCUUUGAAGAAGUCAUUUUAGAUGGCAGCAGUCGACCAAGCUCAAAAUAUGAUGGCAAUUCCAGUCUACCUUAUGGUGUCACAGAUGGGGAGAGGGAUGCUAUGUUACAGUGGGCAAGGAAAGAAAGAUUGCCACUUUUUCUAAGCACACAAUUAUUUAGAGAAUUCAAGUUAUGUAAAUUAUUACUACGACCAUUAGACGAUAGAUACUCGGCCAGUCGAGGCUCCACUCACAAUAUACGAGGAUAUAGUCGUCAGUCGGAAAGUUACGUAUCUAGUCUAAGUAACAGUGCGGACAAUAGUGCUAAUGAUGUGGAUGAUGAAGACUUUAAUUUUGAAGGACAUUUUAAUGCUUCUCAAUUGUUCAAAUACCAAAGACCUGGCAGUAGGGCUUUAAGUGUUCCUGCACCUAUAUGCUAUGGAUAUGAUCCCUACUAUGAUGAUGAGCAGAGAGGAAGUACUACCACACAUACACACGACACCUCAAAAACAGCGUCUGUCAAAUAUAAAUCUAAAAGAGAGAGGGACGAGAAUGUGCCAGACCCAAAUGACCCGCAGUAUGUCUCCGCAGUCGAUGUACCAAACUAUCCAAGGGAGAGCACUGUUACAUUUGAUCCUGACACAGCUGAACCCGAGAGCAAGUCAUUACGUAGUCACAGCAGACGUUCAUCUAGAAUGAGUCGGUCUAAACGUGCACCACAAUCUGAUGCCGAGGCUGCAUUUCUUAGACAUGCAAGAGCAUUAUCUGCACCUAUAAAUUACGAUGACUACAUGCGUCAUCCUUAUCGUGACUUUGACAUGAUGUUUGGAGAGGAUGAGCCGGAACCCGAUGGCAAUGUUUAUGUUACAUUUGAGGAUGAGGGAACCAGUGAGGCCCAGACUGAGACAGAUGUGAAAAACCUGGAAGGACGUCUCAAAAUGACUUUCCAACAACUCAAAGAACACAUACUAGGAUCUUAUUUUGCCAUGGAAAAUUUCAAGGAGUUUUUGUCAGGAACUGCCGGUAAAGAGCUAGUCAAUUUCUGGCUGGACUGCGAGUUCUUCAAGGAUGUCAUGGAGAAAUAUGAUGAAGUGGCCAUUAUGGACACUAGAAAUAGACUUUUUAGAGAUAUUCAGGACAAAUUCAAGAUACAUUUGACCAAAGAUGCCAUUGAACAGAUAUCUAAAGCUGCCAGUAACUCGAAUCUCAGUCAUUCUAUAUUUAUACGAACCCAGUACGAUGUUCUACGUAGAUUACGAGCAUACUGGGUUAUUAGAUACAUGCUUCAUAUGGAGAGAGAACAGAAAAUUAGUCAGUCCCUCAGUUUAACAGAUUCUAAUCGGUGGAUUACUGGAGAUACGUCACUUAAGGACACAUACUCAUUUUUCCCAUCCAUCAACCUUGUUAGCUCCAUGCCUGUUAGACCUGAUGAUGUCCUUACAUACACUCGCACCAAAAACUGGGAAUCUGUCAGUAAAGGUGGUCGACGAUUGGAUGACAGAGUGACGUCAGCUAAAUUUAGAUCACAGCCAGUCACUGCUGCCUCUCUUAGUGGUUUGCUAGGCUUUGCAACAACACCUCGACCAAAAAAGUCCAGAACAACCAAGGAGAGAUUCCUCGUUGCCUUGGCAGCAGACAAGAUGGCAGGAGGACCUUUUGAAAGAUUUCUUGCUUGUCACCCAGACCACUCUCUGGUGUCCAAUCUACUGUUCUGGCAAGAUGUGACAGAAUAUGGUGCAGCAGAAGACAGGGCCGCUGACCGUAUGCUGCGAAUGUGCAAUGCUUGGGCAAUAUUUAAUAGAUAUAUUUCUGAUGAUAGUGAAUUCAAUAUAGAAAUUUCAGUAGAUGAGCGAAACACUAUACAUAAAGCAUUAAUGUCAGCGAGUGACUUUGUGGAUUCUAGUGUAUUUAACAGUGCCAAACAACAUUCCUGUGAUAAACUUGAAGAAGCUUGGAUCAGAUACCUGAAAGAGGACCUGAAAAUAUUUCUUGAUUGUCACAUAAGACCAGGAGGUCCAAGCCCACCAGGUACAGCAGCCAUUGAGAUUAUCUUAACAAAUGACGAAGUGCUCAUUCGAAGACCCAGACCAUGGCAGAAAAAGAUGGGUACAACAGAAUCGGAGCGAGCAAGGAGAGCUAAGCCGGGACUGUCCUUGGAGGAUAUGGAUGAGGAAGAAUUAGCAGCUUUACGUGCCAAACGUCGGGAAGCUCGUAAAGAGAUGGAACGAGAACGGAGGAAAGCAGUAAAGGCAGCGUAUAAACGUCUUAGGGACUCGAAGAGAAAACCAGAAGAUAAAAAGGAAGGUUCCUCUACAGAAGAGUCACCAGUACAAACUGAGGACAAAAAAGAUGCAGAUGAUAUGGACUUUGAUGAUGGUGAGAAAAAAUCUGCCCGUCCUCCCCCUCCCUUCCACGAGAUGAUUGGGAAUAAGGCAAUUAUGUCAAACUUCAAGAAGCAUCUUGUAGAACAAGAAGAGAAAGAAUGUUUGAACAUGGUAGGAUUGUUUACAGACAUAGAAACCUUCCUGUCGUACGGAACAAACAAAAAGGAAAUGCAGCGAAGGGAACAGCAUGCAAACUUUAUACAGAAAACAUACUUGGACUCUCAUGGUAAGAAGAAAGUAGAGUUGUCAGACAAGUUGAAGAGUAAGAUACAUGACAAGGAGAGACCAAAGACACCUGUGAUAAAAGAAAUACAGCACAGUUUGCAUGCUAAAAUAGAUGAACAGUUUAAAUCCUAUUUGGUGAAUAAAGCAGAAGAGCAAGGUAUUGAACCAGGAGAUCUUGUCAAAUUGUCUCAAGCAGAACUUUCAAUGAGGCUGGGAACUGAUGCUUCCAUGGGAACCUGGAGAAAAACUCGUGGAAAAGGGAAGGAUGGAGACAUGGAGAGGGAAUAUUCGCAUCCCUCUGUCAGAAUUACAAUUAGUAAAUUAGACAAAAAGUCUCGUAGAGUACAUUUUGAAAAGGAAGGUACAGAAGUUUCAAUGUAUUCUGAAUCAGGAACAAAUUAUACAUAUCUGUCAACAUCACAGGAUGAAUCCAGCUCGUCAACUCCUAGGGGCCCUGGCAGCUCCCAGAUGUAUAGGCGCCCUAAAAGGGCUCGUUUCAACACUAAGACUGGUCGUGCUCAGCCGCAUAAAGAUGAUCGAGAAGAGUUUUAUAAGUCGCUCAAGACAUGUGCAUCUGGCAAGAUGUCACUACAAAUGCUGUAUUUCUAUAAAUAUCUGCUCAAACACAGCGAGGAGGAUAACAUGCCUCUUAUUGACAAGGAUCUGUUCUUCUAUAUUGAAGUCCAAAAAUUUAAGGAGUGCAGUCACCAGUUUUCUGAUGAGGAAUUGUUGCGGCGUAAGGUUCAGUCCCUAAUGGACUGUUUCUUAGAGUCAUUCACAACACCAGCACUUCAGAUUGAUAUAGGAGGAGAGCUGCAGCAGAAGACAUUGAGGUCUGCACAGAGGUAUCUGGCUGGUAAAGAGGUUUUCUCAAACAUUUUUGAUGAGGCCCAGCUGAGUGUGUUUAAGGAGUUGCUUCCAUACUGGGCUGGAUUCAGGAAGACUUACUCCCCUCCUGAUGAUCCAAACAAGAAACCUGUAACCAAAUACCAAAAGAUGUUGAAGAAGCGUAUGGAGAAUAUAGACAAUUAUGUUAUCCCGCCAAAUGAAUUUCAACUGCCAUCUAUACCAGAGGGCGCUAUAGCAGCCUUUACCUUCUCAUUGUCAGACGGUGUUAAAUUGAGGUACCUGGAGAGGGACGGCUUAAGUGAUGAUGGAUACCAGGAGCUGACACAAGGAGAGGAAAACAAUUUAGCGUAUGUGAUGGACUCAAGUACUCGUAGCAGUAAGGCUGACUUACAUCCGGGAAAACAUCGAACCAGCAUCGGUACCUCAAAUAACCCAACAGGUACCAGUAGCACUUCCUCCAAGAAAGAAUCCAGCUCAUUGUCGGCAAAAUCAUGAUGCUUCAGCAUGAUAAUACUCAAUAAAAAUUUGCGUCUGCUACAUCAGGAAACUGUCGUCUGCUUCAUCAGGAAAUUAUCAUCUGCUCCAUCUAAAGAUUGAAUUCUGCUUCAUAGAGGAAUUGUUGCCUGUUUCUGCUGUGCUUCAAAGAGAAACUAAAGAAUGUUUUAUCAGCUGUGCUUCAAAGAGAAACUAAAGAAUGUUUUACCAGCUGUGCUUCAAAGAGAAACUAAAUAAUGUUUUAUCAGCUGUGCUUCAAAGAGAAACUAAAGAAUGUUUUACCAGCUGUGCUUCAAAGAGAAACUAAAGAAUGUUUUAUCAGCUGCUUCUUAAAAAGCUGUAGUCUGCUUCACCAAAACUGUUAAUACCUGCUUUAUAAAACUUUUUCAAAUUCUAGCUGAAUCUUUUAUAUUUUUGCUCAUAUGUAUUGGUUUUCAUGAAAUAGAAUAACAAGAAAAGAUUAAUUUACUUAAGGAGGUAGGUUACCUUCAUAUUUGUAUGUGCGCAUGUCCAACCGGAAGCUAAUGUGACGAUUUACGACGACGUUUACGACAAACUAAAUGUGUUUGUAUAUUCAUUCUUCUGAAAAAAAAUCAUGAAUUUGUCUUCGAUCUGAUGCUUUAUGGUUUAAUAAUGCAGAAAUAAUGAAUAAAUUGCCGCAGAAACGCUUCAAAACAAUGCUGCCUUAAAAUGACGUCAUUGACGUCAUGACGUUACGUGUCAGUUACCGCGCAAAAUUAAUAGUUUUUAUCUUGAAAGUACGUAAUUCUGUACAUUUUCUUUAUUUUAACUAUUUUCCAAUAACCAUUAUUUGCUGAAAUAUUUUUUAUGAGUCUUUUGCUCUGAAUAAUAAUCAAUAUUUUGCUUCUUUUAUGUAGUUAUAUUGAAAUGUUAUGCGGAAUGUAAGAAAAUGGAUGACGGCAACCCAUGUUAUUUGGAAUAUAGUUGGGUGAAAGGUUACUUGUUACGGCCAUUUUCAAAUAAAAAGUCUAGCAGUUUGAUUUGUAAUACCUAUUUUUCAGGUUCCAUUGAUAAUUUGUUACUUACAUACUAAAACUAAGAUCUAAAAUUGUUCAAAUUUCAGUAGAAAAUUGUGGUUUCUUGAAUUGAAUUGAUGUUACCAUGGAAACGAAGCCCGUGACCUAUGUAUCUAAAUGUAAAAUUCAAAAGCGUUGACACUGGUCUAUUUAAGAAACACAGCUUCGGCUUUUUAUUUUCAUUUCAACAAUAUCCAUGAGAAUAAUAGCAGCACGCUGAACGAUUUUUCCAUGAAAAAUGACAGACGAGGGGUACUGCUGUACGUAUUCUAAACUGUGAAAUUUGUUUGAAUAAAUGCAAAUAACACGAAAAUGUAACCUACGUUAGAAAUAAUAUGUUUUAAAGCUACAUCAACUAGAAAGAUAAUCUUAAUAAAUAUUUUUUUUAAAGAAAUUACGACAAACAGCAAGAUAUAAGCUAAUUUAAACAUCUCUGUUGCCAUGGUUACUUUAAAAUUUAAGAAAAAUAGUGUACCAUGUAAAGUGCUUGGUAUUUUGCUAAUAAUAUUACCCAAAUAUUUAAUGUUGGUCAUUAACAGAAUGGCACUGAAGCCGUCGAAAACCCCUAUUUUUAUACAUAGUUGUUUAAAAAUGAGAGAAAAUGCGUUACCAUGGAAACACGAGCCCCGCGACAUAUACAUUUUAGGCUUAUAUUAGAAAGAUAACGUGCAUACCAGUAAAAUUAUCAAUUAUGCAGACUUCUACGGAUAUCAAUGAAACUAAAAUACACUGAAAAGUGUUAAAUAUCCGUAUUUUCCUUCUUCUUUCAAUAUGAAAUACCUUUGGAGGGUCAUGUUCUUCAAACCUGGAUAAAAAUUGAACUUGAAGGGACAGAGACAAACGAAAUUGAGAUUGUAGCAGUUAAAACUUCAUAUUACACGAAAUACAAAAACAUGCUGCGGUUCAACAAAUUUGAAUUUACCCUUGUAACAAGGUAUCCUACCUCCUUAAGAUACUUUCAGAGUAACUGGAAAUAUUUUUGCUAUAUGUAUUUCAACACAGUUUUUUUUAAACAAGCAGUUACAUAAUUUAAUUUAAAACUAUGUCAUUUUGUGUAUAGUCCAAUUCAAAAUGAAGGUUAUAGGCUUGGAAAAUAAGGUAAAUGUAUAGUGCUGUCCAGCUUUAGCAGCUGCUGUUAGUUUUUAUUGAUAAAAUCUCCUUAAACUUUGUUGGAAAGAUCAUUUUGAAUCUGACUGUAAACUUGAAAAUUAAAUGGUCAUUUAUUUAAGUUGUUAUUGUUCAUAUAUAUUAUUUUAUUGUUUUCAACUUUCUGAGAUGUCAAGACAUACCUUAAUAAUAUUUAGAUAUUUCAAAGUUGUUCAGGGUACAUUUUUACUACAAAGUGAUGAUAAACUAAACUGUGAUAUACAUUAUAUUACAAUUUGUUAAAUAUAGUACUUAAAGCAUUAUUAUUAACUUUAUCAUAUAUAUUAUUCCUUCAAUAUUAAUUUUUUAGGGAGAAGAUACGUGAUUUUUGUGAUCACUGGAUCAUAUUGUUAACCCUUUACAAUGGUUCUGCCUUUGCCACCAGUGCAGACCAGAUCAGCCAGCAGUCUGAUCAUGGUCUGCGCUGUUUGCCAUUCAGUCAGUAUCUUUUUGGUAAGCACCCCUUUUAACAGUUAAUGGUACUGUCCAAAUUGAAAGAUGGACAAGUUCAUUAUAGAAAUUUAGGGUAAGGGUUAAGAAACAAGAAAUAUUGAGUGAUUUUUGAACAAAUGUGAUACAUUUUCAGCAUUUUCCACAAACUCUAACUUAUUUAAAUAUUUAUAGAGCCAUAAUCCAUGAUUAUAUUAGCAUUUUCUGUCUCUUGUCCAACCUUCUUUCAGCUAUAAAAACUAGUAUGUGCAGUUUGUUUUUAUAGACAUGAAAUUGUGAAUAUAAUAUUAUGUAUUGUAUAUUUUUACAUGUCUUAAAGUAUGCUGUUAUUUUUUUGGUCAAAAUUUUUCACAAUAAAUAAAUGUGAGGA